GUCCUACACAUUGAAACGGCCUCUAAAAAAUGCGUCACAGAGACAGAGCCACUCGCAACACACCACACUGCCGCCAUUAACGAACCUCCUCCUCCUCCUCCUCCUCCGUCAUCAGCAUAAGCAACAUGGGUUUCUUCCCAUUAAUCGUCUGAUACAGAAUCUUCUUGAACCUUCCGGAUUUAAGAUAGUUAUAUUUGUAGAAGCUUCUAAGUUGAUCUGUUCCAAUGGCAGAGGCCCAGAGAUCCACCGGGACUGUGAAGUGGUUCAGCGGCCAAAAGGGGUUCGGAUUCAUAGCUCCCGAUGAUGGCGGAGACGAUCUCUUCGUCCACCAGACCGAGAUCCAAUCCGACGGUUUUCGGACCCUCCGCGAGGGCCAGCGGGUCGAAUUCAUUAUCGAUUCCGCCGACGAUGGCCGGACCAAGGCCGUUGACGUCGUCGGUCUAGCCAGAUCUUACCGUACUGGCGGCGGGCGUGGCGGAGGAGAAGGCUCCUUCCGCGGUGGCGGGAGAGGCGGUUUUGCCGAAACUGGCAGUUACGGCGGCAGGUACGGAGGCGGUUACGGCGGCGGCCGCGGUGGUGAUGGGAGGACAGGCGGAGGCUAUGGUGGCGGCGGAGUGGAGUGU